UGAGAGCCUUACUUAUUACCCAAUUCAUGCCGCAUAAACACUCUAUCCAGGACGGACUGGUGUGGUCAAUAAUAUCUAUCUCUCUAUCUAUCUACCUUUCUGCCUAUCUACCUAUGUUUGUCUGUCUAUCUAUCCAUUUAUUCAUCUAUUUAUUUACCUAUUUAUCUAUCUAUGUGUCUGUUUUUACCAGUCUUUCUGUCCUUCUGUCCGUCUGUGACCAGCUAUCCAUCUACCUAUCUCUCUAUUUCUCUAUCUAUGUGUGUGUGUGUGUGUGUGUGUGUGUGUGUGUGUGUGUGUGUGUGUGUGUCUACGUGUUUGCAAGCUUCUGAGUAAAUGUAGCUGAACGCAAAAGACUGUACACUUGGUCGCCGUAAUUUCAAAGAUGCACAUUUGGCAGGAAGUCCACAUGUGCCAUGCGUGAGGUGACACGUAUUUCAAAAGGUGCAGGUGACGAUGAACCACCUGAGUUACCGCCCCUGAAUAAAGCAUCUCAGCGGCGGGGGAGCGAAGCAGGUGGUCAGAGUUCAGUCCGCGCCUGCGCCUAAGCGUCCUUGGCGGAGAUGACAGUCAGGCUGGAGGCUCCGAGCGGCUCCAGUUUCGUGGCGGCGGCAGCGGGUGGCGGUGUGUACUGGGAGGCGGCGUCGGGUGGGCUGCGCGAGGGACACUCUUCCCUGACUCGCCGCCUUUAACCCCCACUGUGAUCUGUCUCGUUGGAGUUCUCGUCUGUCGCUCACAGACCCCGCUAUCAAGACGGGGAGACAUAAAUUCUUCGGUCGAGAGAGUUUUCAGAAAGUCUCGAGCCAGUGGAUCGUGAGGUAGUGCGGUGCGUUACAGCAAGAAAGUCGUUCCAUACUGGUUCUUGACCGUCCGGCCGUCACGCUCGCAGCCUCCUACACGUCACCUGGCGGCCAAUCACCCUCCCGAGAUGGUCUUUGCUCGACUCCCUCACUUAAAAACGCUUUUAAAUGCCCACAUCGACUUCUUCUCAAAAUCAUGCAUUUUAAAUCGUCUUGAGGAGAGAAUGCAUUGACUGACACUUCUGCCUAGAAAAGAAAAGUUACAGAUCACCAUGAAGUAGAAAAAAUUACGUGUAUAAGUGAAGAAAAGUAAGAGAAAACGAUCCAUCAUGAAGACGUAAGAUACAUCACCUGCAAACUCCCUCAUUACCCCCGCCAGGUGUGGACUAAAAGGUAACAUCACAGCCGCAUAUCGUGAUGAAGUGUAACAUCAACCACUGACAUCAACUGCACUUAACUUUUUUUUUAAUAUUUUGGAUGGCGAUGAAAGCCCGUGUGAAUUGUGAGCGGGGAGUGAGUGAGGUGGUGGUGGUGGUGGUGGAGGUGGUGGUGGUGGUGUUGGUGGUGGCCUCCUGUCGGGGAGAGGCUCUGCAUAAUCCCCAGCAGGAAAUUCUCUCUCGCUACCCUGGACAAGACGACUACAUCAGUCCAACUUUCCCCUCGAGAGCUGGAGUAGGUGGCCGUGCUACCCUCCCCUGCAACCUGACCUCACCCCUGCCUCGUGACCCUGCCAGCCUGGUCCUCUGGUACAAGAAGGGGAUCCACAAGCCCCUGUACAGCUACGACGCGAGGGGGAGCCAGACCUCGCACUGGGUCAACCCGAGUGUCCUGGAGUCCCGCGCCUCCUUCCACCCCUCCACCGCCACGCUCACUAUUCAGAACAUCCAGGCUGAGGACGAGGGGACCUAUCGCUGCAGGGUAAUGUUCAAGAAAAGUCCGACCCUCACCUACACGACCAACCUCACUGUUAUAGGGAGGUGGAGACGUUCGACCUGGUCACGAAUAGACUGGUUGGUGUCAUCUUUAACGCGCAGGGACCUUCACCGUACUCUCACCUGCCACGCCACGAACUCUAACCUGACGGCGCCGCUCGUCACCACCGUCACCUUGGACAUGAACUUCGCGCCACUGUGGGUUCGCCUUCUAAGCAGCCGUGAUCCCCUGAGCGCCGGCAGGACUUACAAGGUGGUGUGUCAGGCUGCAGGUGCGCGUCCCCCGGCCACCAUCACCUGGCGUCUCGGCCCCACCAGACUCAACACUCACACGGACAAGGUUAGUCAUGAGGGAAACGUGACCACCAGCGAGUUGCAGUUCACGCCUCAAGUUGGCGACGCAGGGAGGAUGUUGAGUUGCGAGGCCGUGUCCCCGUCUGUCACCACGCACCCCCUUGUUGACGACUGGCUCCUGGACGUUCACUACGUGCCCAUGGCUACGCUUCACGCUGGACGUUCCCUCAACCUGAGUAACAUUGAGGAGGGGGACGAUGUUUACUUCGAGUGCUCCAUCAAGGCCAACCCAAGAGUGUACAAGGUUGUUUGGCGUCACGAGGGCACGGAUCUGCACCACAACGUCACGGCAGGGGUCAUCAUCAGCAACCAGAGCCUAGUGUUGCAGAGAGUAACACGCGACGCCUCGGGGAAUUACUACUGCGUGGCCUCCAACAUCGAAGGUGACGGCCAGUCCAACCCGAUCCACCUCAGAGUCAAGUACGCGCCUGUGUGUCGUGAGAUGCACAUGACCUACCACGGAGCCGCCAGGCUGGAGCAGGUCAACAUCCCGUGCCACCUGGACGCCCACCCGCCCCCGCUCACCUACCGCUGGACGUUCAACAACAGCGGCGAGAGUGUUGAGAUUCCCCAGGAACACAUCAAGGUGGGCGUGUCUAGCUCCACGGUGAGCUACACGCCCAACACGGAGCUGGACUACGGCACACUGCUCUGCUGGGGGAGCAACGUGGUGGGGGAGCAGCGGCAGCCCUGCGUCUUCCACGUCUUCCCCGCCGGCCGCCCCGACCCGCUGCACAAUUGCUCCUCCUUCAACCUUUCCGUGUCCGUGGUGCACGUACGCUGCGUGGCGGGGUUCGACGGGGGCCUGCCGCAGACCUUUAUCCUGGAGCUGCGAGACCCUCACUCCGGCGCCCUGAUUGCCAAUACGACGAACAUGGUCCCUUUCCUCUCGGUCGGUGGUCUGCCUCCGGGCCUCGCAUUCAAGGGCCGCGUGUUCUCCACCAACGCCAAGGGCCGCAGCGAGCCGGUCUCCCUGCUGGUGUACACGCUCAAGGACGUAGCUGAGAAGCGGACAGCCGCUGUGAAGCCCUCCCCAGACCAAGGACAGGGCGCGGGGCAGAUCAGCCUCACGCCCAUCAUUGCCGUGGUCCUGGGCGUGGUGGGCGGCCUGCUCGUUGUGAUGCUUAUCCUCUGCGCCGUGGUGAGGCUGCGGUUCGGGCGGCGGUCGGGAGCACAGUGCGGGCGGCAGGUGGUGAGGGAGCAGGUGGGCGGGGAGGGGGAGACCAGCCCACUGCGUCACCCUAAGGUCGUGCCCACUACCUUCCAUGAUUCUGGAACCCCGACACCGCCCCCCGUGAAUUCCAGGGACCAAGACGAGAAGAAUCCUGACGUUAUUCCCCUUGGAGACCCCGAGACGUGGCUGAUGGAGGGCGUCAACACCAUCACCUCCCAGUCCAUCCUCUCCACCUACAGCUCCAUGCCCAGGAACCAGCAGCGAGUGUGUUCCUCCCGCGGCGAGCAACAGGCGGCCCACUCGGAUGGAAAGAGGUCGCCGUGCAACGCGGGUGACGUGCACUACGCUGAGCUCAUGCUGGGGGGUGGCGGGGGGAGCCCUCAGCAUCAGGAGCAGCAGCGGGGAGCGUCACCACUGUACGACCCCCCGUCCACCAGCAGCAAAUCACACCAGCACGACCCUGAGGGAGUGAUUUACGCGACUCUCGAUCACGAACGAGGCCACGGCAGCCACCCCACCUCCACCCACCUCCUCCACCACCACCACCCAGCCUACACCCAGCCCGUCCUCGUCCCCCACACGCCCUCACACCCCCGUAAGAUCCCCACCACCGCGGUCAUGGGGCCUGUGAAGAGUAAGGAGCUGCAGUACCCAUUGUGGUCUUCUUCAUCCACCUCCAUAGAGCGCUGCGAUGCCCUCAUAGGAGACCCCGAGGCCGUGAUUCCCUUCCUCCCAGGCCAGAAGGAGAGUUCAGUCUAGGGACGCCGCGCCCACUGCGGCUCCUCAAGUCAUCUCGUUUUAUGAGGAUGACUCUUCACUAUUUCGAUGUACGUAUAUCAGCUGUUGUAAUAUAUUACUAUUAAAAGUAUACAUACAA